GCGCUCUUAUGGCCUCGCAGUUUAGAUCGCUUGCGUUCCCGCUUAGCCGUGUUGAGCGCUCGGGGCCCCCUCUAUAUACGUCAAAACAACCAAUUGAUUUAUACGUACACACAAACAACCAAUAAAAAAAAUGAAAUGUUAAGACGAAACUUUGUUGGACUUCGAGCGAACUUUCUAUGAUGUGACUUCAGUGUUUAGAUAGGUAGACCGGACAUUAUGGGCCAAGCGGCGAGCGUGAAGUCGGCUUUAUGGAUAUCUCUUCUGCAUGGAUGCCUUUUUCUCAUCGCGGAUUCCGGUACAGAAGGCCCUUUAGACGAAACAACAGUGGAUAUAUCAUCAAGGAAGUUCCGAGCGGAGUUCCUCCAGGAAUGGCACAAUACACCAGAUGCUCCGUACUUCGAUCCCAAUACACCGAGGAAUAUAACCGGCCUUGUGGGACACCCAGUUAAACUGCUAUGCCGAGUCAAGAAUUUACAAAACAGAACCGUAUCGUGGGUACGUCACCGUGACAUCCACUUGCUGACAGUGGGUCGCUACACCUAUACUUCGGACCAACGCUUCGAAGCGCAGCACAGGCCCCGGUCCGAGGAGUGGGCACUCAGGAUACGAAGUCCACAGCGCAGGGACUCCGGACAAUACGAAUGCCAGAUUUCCACUACACCGCCCAUUGGUCACGCGGUAUUUCUAAAUAUUGUAGAACCAGAAACAACGAUAUCAAGCGGCGCUGAAUUAUUUAUACAAGCGGGGUCGACUAUCAAUCUUACUUGUACAGUUCGGCAUACGCCCGAACCACCCAUCUCAAUUACGUGGACUCACAGAGACCAGAUAAUUAACUUCGACUCAGCGCGUGGCGGUAUAUCACUAGUGACUGAGAAAGGCCUGAAGAGCACGAGCAGGUUACUAGUUCAAAAAGCCAAAGGUGCCGACGCGGGUGUCUAUACGUGCGCACCGAAUAACGCUCCUCCUGCAUUGAUCAGGGUUCACGUGUUAUCAGGUGAACAUCCUGCAGCCAUGCAGCAAGGCUGUGCAAAAUCCUCCCUUGACUUCAUAGUGUCAAUAAUGUGCACAUCACUAGCGGUGUUUCUAGUGUUUUUUACCGAUCAUUUACAUUUUGGAACGUGAAUAGAAAUAUCUAAAACGUGACGGAGUAUUUUUGAAAUAAUGAAUUAAUCAAUAAAAUUGUUUGAUUGGUUAUACCAAGAAACAUUCUUUAUAUUUACCAAUUUAUGGUAAACAUAAUUAUGCUAUCUCAUAAUACCUUUACAUUCGGAUACCCCGUAAAAUUCUAAUUUAUACUAAUUUAUUUAACUAAGUAGAGCUACAAAAUACCUUAUUGUGUAUUAUUUAAUUAUUCUAACAUUUAUAUCAUUAAUUAAGCGCAAAGUUAAAUUAUUAUAUUUAUUAUACAAUAAACUAAAAGUUAUGACAAUAUAUGCUAUUCACUCACUCUCUAUUAUCUCUUUUGGUCAUUUAUGUCUAUAUUCUUUUAAACUGUCAUUUUAUUGAACAAAAAAAAUAUAUUGUUAUUUAUUGUUUGGUUAAUUGAUGUAUACAUAAUAUUUUAGGUCAAGCAAUGUGUAGCAAAUAAAAUAAAAAAUGUAAAUAAAAUAAAUAAUGUAAAUGAAAUAAAUGAGUGUUCAAUUUAUGUACUGUAAAUAGUAAAUUUAAAUUUUGUCAAUGUAAGUCGACCCAACAGAUAAAAGUUAUUGUCCUAGGUAGAAUACGUCAAUCAAAGAAAUUGUCAGGUAGUACUUUUUUAAAUAAAUUAAAAUACAUUGUAAAAAAGUUUUUGUAUAGGAUGGUUUGAGAUGUAUAAUAUAUGACUUUAUUGUAUAAUUAUAUAAAUUAAUUAAAUUAAUGUAAUUAUGGAUAUAUAUAUAAUACAUUACACCACACAAAUUUUAUAAAGGCAAAAGCUUUUCAGUCUGUUACCUAAACAAAAGUUUAAAAAAAAUGUAAAAUUGAAAGUUUUAAUAAAAAAAAAUCUUUGUUCCCGCCGGUGACCGUUAGUUUUAUGUAUAUUUCACAUUUUUCAUCAUUAUAAUCUUCACAUUUUCUGAGUUUAUAAAAAAGCAUUACCUAUACGAAUAAAAUAAAAAAAAAUUUCUAUAACAUUACCUAUACGAAUAAAAAAAACCAUUUGGUGGAUUAAAAUGAAAUAUUGCUAAAAAUAAUGUUCCGAGUUGAUAUUGUAACCUAUGACAAUGCAAAUAUUUUUGUAUAUUCAGCCAAAUUUUGCAAAAUAUCUUAAACAUCGACAGCUGAUAAUAAAUGGGCGAGAAAAGAAAACGCGUUAACGAACUGAGAUAAACGAAAACCGAUAAAUCACAAUCCAAUUACCACGACUUGAUGUAACGGCGGGAUAAAAAAACUGUUCUCAGUUAAUAUUCGCUUUCCCCUCUACUUAAGAUAUACCGGACUGAAUUUCCUUUCAAUCUCGAAUUUUCCAGACAGUUAAUCAAUAACUAGGAAUCUUGGUAUUAUCUGUAUCGCGAAGUAUAAAUAAAUGGUUUUCUAUUACACGUAGUCAGAAUAAAGAAAAGAAAGAACAAUAUCUUAUAGACAACAGUCCCGUGGCACAGAAAACAUAUGCCCGUGGAAAAAAUUAAUUGGUAAUUUUGACAACCAGCAGGCCAAUUCACUAACUUUGACAUAAGCUAUUUGACAUAUACGAAAUUUCACUCGGUGUCUACUGGUGGAUGUCCUACAGUAGGUAGAUUUUUUUUUAUUCUUUUACAAGUUAGCCCUUGACUACAAUCUCACCUGAUGGUAAGUGAUGAUGCAGUCUAAGAUGGAAGAGGGCUAACUUGUUAGGAGGAGGCUGAAAAUCCACACCCCUUCCGGUUUUUACACGGCAUCGUACUGGAACGCUAAAUCGCUUGGCGGUACGUCUUUGCCGGUAGGGUAGUAACAAGCCACCUGGCCUGGCCUGACUUGAACAAAUUAAGAAAAUCUCAAUCUGUCCAGACGGGGAUCGAACCCAGGACCUCCGUUUUGUUAAUCCACCGCUCAUAGCACUGCGCCACGGAGGCCGUCAAAACUUUAGAUGACUUUAAUCAAUUGAUGUAAUGUUUAUUUUAAUAGGUUGAUAAUAAAGAUCAAAAUAGUGAAUAGGCCUACAGGAGAGCUGUUUAGAAAGAUACAGGGCACAAAAUAAUAGCAAUCAGUACUAUUCUGUCACUUGUAAGCUGUCUAAGUGCAAGUGAGAAUUCAAAAGCACAAGUUGUGAUAUUUUGGUUAUAUGUAUAGUUUUCUUCGGCAUUCAUCACCAUCGAUAGAAAGACUAUAUUAUUAUUAUUAUAUUUGUAUCAUUAGUAAUAAUAUGACUAUUGCAUGUAUACCACUAAACAGUUGCCUAAGGUCUGCUAAGAAAUAUUUUAGUUCAUUGCUGCCCUUAUAAGUUGUAUUGUGCAAUCUUCAAUUUGCGCAAUUUUAUUCUUUAAAGUACGCCCCUAAUUGGAGGUACAGAUCUUAAUAAUGUUAUGUCUGCAUAGACCCUUAUUUAUAUCAUAAACAAUGUAGAAUAAUUUAUAACAAGCUACAAAAUCACGUCAAUUAAUUUAGGAUUAUUAUUAAUCAUGAUUGUGUUACCGUUUGAAAUGUAUAAAAUGUUGAAACAUUGAUAAAUUAAUUCUAAUAUUAAAUAAAAUUUUAUUUAUGAAAUAAUUUUAUUG